AUGAUCGAUCAGCUGCUGGCAGGAUGCGGCAUAUGUGAACCAAAGCGAUCGAGAGCUAUCAGGAACAACAAGCCCCUACUCAAUGAUCCAAAUGUCAAGAUCCUGCCCAUGAAACCUCCCGCAACCGCUGACAGCUCCGACGCCAGUGCCCCCAACAAGUCUGAUGCUCCUCGCCCUCGUCGCGGCUCUCAGCCCGUCCUCCAGCUCCCUCCCAAUCAGCACAGAUCCGCAAGAUCAAGCUCCGUCAGUCAAUCAAUCGCUCCUCCCCCAGCAGACCCCUGGAAAACCGAAGAGGUGCGGGACCAUCACAGGCGCAACAGCGAGACUCUCCAGCAGAUGGCCGCGCACCUCCACAAGCUCUCGGACUCCAACUGCUCCAGGCGCAAGGUCGACGAGUACAAGGCUCAGGUACGGCAUGAGCAUGCGUCAUGUCGGGCUGCCCUGCUCACUCCGACGGCCUCCAAGAUAUCCGAGCAGCGAGAGCGAGUGGCCUUCCUCAGACAGACUCUCAUCAACCGCAACGCCACCGUCCUGUCAGAGCAAGUCAAGCUCAAGCCCACAAUGAUGACGGGAGGGGGCAUGUGCAGGAGGAGCUUUGAGGUGCAGGAGGUCCGGCAGAUCCAAGCGAAGGAGAAGGAGAUAGCAGAGGCGAUGUCCGAGAUCACUGAUCUGUCGAAGAAGCUCGAGCAAGCCAAGAAUGAAGAUUUGAGGUAUGAAUUCAAGGCAGCCAUCAACUCGAAGUCGAACGAGAUUACUACGUUGGGCAAUGAGAUCAGAUUGCUUAGAGAAGUGAUCGAUGCCAAGAGUUCUCGUCUCCACAGCCGGCAGUGA